AUUCUCAGGAUCUCAAUGACCUCUGAGGGAGCUUCCCAUGACUGUUCUCCUCUGCUUUUCAGAAUGAGUGCAUGAAAAUUUGGUCACUUCUGCGCAGCGGGAAGUUCUCCUGUCCCACCAACAAGGAGCCGGUCAGCAGCCCAGAUGGCAAAGCAGACCUCAACAAGUGCCUGAUGUGCCAAAGGCUGCUGGAGAGAGACUCAAAAAACAAAGGGAGUGGUGGAGAGGUGAUCAGGAACGUGAACUCCUUGGGAGAGGAUGAGUGCCGUGAGUUUCGGGAUUUGUUCAAGAAAGGGAAACUUUCCUGCACAAGAGAAAAUGACCCUGUCCGGGAUUCCUCUGGGAAGCAGCACAGCAAUAAGUGCAUCAUGUGUGCAGAGAAGUUCAAAAGGGAGAAUGAGCGGAAGUUAUCUAAGAACAGACAAGGAAAAGAUAAGGACGACUGCAGUGAGUAUCGCUCCCAGUUUGAAGCUGGUGGCCGACUGUCCUGCACGAGGGAGAAUGACCCUGUCCGGGAUUCCUCUGGCAAGCAGCACACCAACAAAUGUCUCAUGUGCGCUGAGAAGUUCAAAAAAGAAGCCCAAAGAGGAGGUCAGUCUGGUGGAACUGCCCAGCGCAACAAACCGCUUGCUUCAAAGGGUACAAAUCAGAAGAACUGCGGUGGUUCAGGGUCACAGCAGGGUGUGAAUGAGAGACGUCCCUUCUCUUCAAGCAGAGGCCCACAAGGAAAUGUGGCUCAGAGUGGUCGGAACUGCAACCCAGCACCUGGCCGUAAGACACAGAGCAAAGACACAGACUCCUACCAGCUGCUGGACUGUGAUCGAAUUCUGCACGGGGUAAAGGGUGGAAGGAUUUUCUGCAGUGAAUCCUCACAACCAGUCUGUGGCACUGAUGGGAAAACGUACAAAAAUGAAUGUGACUUGUGUUCAGCUGCCAUGAGAGCUUCAAACUACAUCACGGUAAACUACCGAGGUGAAUGCCGAAAGCCUGCCCCUGAAGUGAAGUAAUGGAGUUCAGACUGCCAGCAAACACCAGGGAUCAGCUGUGACCAAAGUUUCCCUAGGGCAAGUAAAGGAAGAGUUGAUGUUGAGCAUCAGGGGAGCUGCUGAGUCCCCAGCACUGCCAGAGCUGCCUUCAUCCCCUUCUGCAGCGAACGGGCCCGUCCUUGCUCAGGUGGAGGGCGAAGGGCUGUGGGCACCCGGCUGGGUGUCUUCCCAGGUCUGGCCCAUGCCUACCAUUGCGGUUUCUGCCGCCUCGCUGUGUCUUAAUGUGCUUUACAAUAAAGAUAACUCAGCAGCUUCAUGUCACUUUUCUUCACUGAGCCUCGCAGGAAGGACCCAUGAGUCCCCACUCUGGCUUUGCAGUGCCUGCCCUUCAGGCAGUAAGCAAGCACAGAUGCCCCUGGGGUGCACCAGCUGCUGUAAAUACCGGGCAAAGUUGUUGAACCCAGGGUGGAAAAGCAUAUCUGGGGUUUUGUGAGGAGGGACCGGGGUCAGGUUCUUCCUGACUCUUUGUGAGGUCUUGGGUCCAUCGCUUCACCACUCAUUCAGCCCUUUUCUCUUGCCUGUAAAAUGGACAUUAAAAGAUGCUUACCUACCUCAGAGGGUUGUUCUGAGAUUUGAUUGGUAUACAUUUGGAAACCCACAGAGGAAAACUGGUUUUAAAGCACCCCACAUACUGGGCUGGUAGUUUGGCUGUUGCAGUAAGUGCCCUCUUCCAGGCUCUGCAGCUGAGGCACUGGGAAAUCCAGACCACUUCAUUUUGAGCAGCUGUGGGAGGCAGAUACCAUCUAACAUCACUGAUCAAGGUGUGUGUGGAGCCCUGCCAAGCCAGAAAGAUCUCUGGGAUCUGGAGAUGUGAAUUUGGCUAGCAGUAUUUCUGUCUCUGAGAGGGCAGAAGUGCUGAUGGCAUCCUUGGGGCAGAACUGGCCAAGCAGGAAGCUCAGCCAUCUUUGGUGGCCCAUGGACCUUUGCCAUGUGCUUCUGGGUCACCCUUCUGCCUUGGCCUGAACUUCCUUCCCUGCACAAGGGUUCAGCCAGUGCCCAUCUUGGGAGCCACCUUCUGAAGGGAGGGUUACUUUUUCGGGGGGUCCUGGUACUGGGGGAGAUGGAGAAGCGAGCACUGGCACAGGUUGCCCAGCAAGGUUGUGGAGUCUCCAUCCUUGGAGAUACUCAAAAGCCACCUGGCCACCAUCCUGGGCAGCCAGCACUAGGUGGCCCUGCUUUGAGCAGGGGGUUGGACCAGAUGACCACCAGCGGUCCCUGCCAACCUCAGCCCUUCUGUGACUGUGUGUGUUGAAUGGCUUGAGCUAUUUAAGGAAAAGUGAUGAUGUUUUGUGAUUGCACUGAUUUACAGACAGUUCUGAUCCAUCCAUAGAAUGAAACCAUUUUCAGAUGAAGCCAGGUCUUUAAGCCAAGGGCUCCCCUGGCUCGUUGCAGGCAAUGUGUCUGAGAACAGGGUGGGAUUUGCAAAGCAGGAGCCUGUGAUGGUGUGUUAACAGAAACCUGCUGGCAGGUUGCACGCACUUUCUGUACUUUCUUUUAUAGCUGUUACUUAAAGCAAAUAUGUUCUUUAUUUGUAUAAACAUUAUUGCAGGACAUUUCCAGAAGACCUUGAGUGAACAUACACAAUGUUUGAGUCCAUUUUAGCUGUGACCUGAUCUGUAAACACUUUCUGUUGCAGAUAAGGCUGAAGUGACUUUCAGAUUUUGGCAGGAUUUUACCUAAUACCAAUUAAUUUCACUCGCAUCAAAGAAAUAGAUUUUUUUUUUCCCAAUUAAGUUAUCAAAUCCUUUUCUUCUGCUGUAGUUAAUGAGAAUUGAUUUUAAACUCUCAAAAUGCUUACGCAUUUUAUUUCUGCUGAUAAUAACAAAAUCCAAUUUUAUUAUCAGCUAACUGACAUGAGUAGUUAAUAUUUUGUAUGCUGAUUUUUAACGUGAACAAAUAGUAUGAUUUAGAAAUAAAUUAUGACUGCCUAUUUCUAGGUGGAAAAUCCCCCCACCAAGUACAGUCAUGCAGGGUGAAAGUUGCCAGUUUGGUCCUGGUUAGCUGUUUUGGGGGAUGCAAAGUCUGUCUGCCUUUGAGCUGUGAUGAAACAAGUAAAUUCUUGAAUGUUAUUUAUGCAGCUUGAGAGUGAUGAAUAUCACACAGUAAAAAUGUUCUCUGAUGAUGUCUUCUCACUGAUUCUAGCCAAAAUCAUGUGCAAGGGCAUCUACAUGAGUUCAGAAAAGUAGUGCACAAUUUGUGACUUUCAAUAAAUUCUUGCAAAUGAAAAUCAGUGUACUUGAAAGCUAUUAUGUUUUGUAGUGAUUUCAAGUAUUUAAGUUUUGAAAUAAUCACCCAUAAAACCUGCAUUAACAGUGCUCCAAGAGCAAUGAACUGAUGAAGACAGUGCCCCAGUAGCCUCUUCUGUCAGUAUUUGAACACCACCUGAAUUUCUCCUGCUGCCAGCAGAAACUAUCACCCACAAAAAUCACAGCUGGCAAUAAGGGAUCGUUAAUCAGAUUCCAAACCUGUCUGCCAAGAAGGUGCAGGACAGUGACUUGCUAAAACCUCCUGGGCUGUGGUGAACAGCCCUGCCAGAGGCAGCGAUGCUGACUCCCUUCUGUGCUCAGCACCGUGCCCGGUCAGUCCUUUCUUGCUUUCAACCCCCUUUUGCAGAUCGCUCCAAGGGGUCGCCGAUGGUGUCUGUCCUGAGCAGCGCUGCGUGCGCUGGAACUCUGCCUGAGUGAUGCCAGGUGUUAUUUCUGCAAGGCUGCUGGGGAGAAGGAAACAAAGGCUCAAGAGGUUUUGGGGAUUUAUUGCCCUUUCUGUUACGUUUGCUCUUGGUUACCCUUUGUGGUGCCCUCUAACACAGUAAUGAGGCCAAAACAGUCCUCUACAAAAUUGGAAAGGUACCAGCACUCUAGGGAUUCUUCAGUUUGCUGUAAAUUACACUUUAUAAAGGGUGUCUCUUGCCAAUAUCCACAGACCCCAUGUGGUUCACAGCAGUUUCUGAGGUUUUACAGAGCUGGUGUGAUGAAUUGACAGCUUCGGUCUCCAGGUCUUGCAACACAGUUGGGUUUUGAGUUACACUGCUCUCUGCAGGAAACUUGAGUCUCUUGCCUUUUUUUUUAAUUAUUAUUAUUUUUCAUAAAAGGUUUCAGGUACUUAUGCAAUUCUUCAGGGCAUGCAGAUGCUGCUGUUGGUGUAUAGUGAGGACUAUUGACUCUGGCAGAUGCCUCAGCAGACCUUGAACUCUCCGUGGUGUUUCUCACUCCCCUACAGUCUGUCCUUGUGGAGCCUGGUAGCUCUGCCCACCACCUCUCUGCUGCUCUCGCAGCCACCACGGAGGGAGACCCCAUGCAUGGCAGCAUGGUGUGCUGCAGCCAGGGGACCUCUUGCAGUCUGCCACAGUAGACGGUGCUAGAAAUCCUGCAGUUUAGGGGCAUCUGCUUCUCCAAGGACUGAGUCAGUCAUGACAUGGAGAGCCUGAUGCCAUUUGUGCAGUGAAGCCCCUCUGGAUCUGCUUCAACGCUCUCUUUUCUGGCUUCCCCUACAUCCCUGUGAUUCUUAGUCCCACCAAGCAACAGCUGCAUAUGGGUACCUAGGGAUUUCAGCAUGAUUUGCUUUGAUUAUCACAACUUCUACUCCACGGCCCAUCUGCUUUUAUCCUGGGGACGGGUGAAUGGGCCUCUCUCUUUCCUCUUUUUAGGGCUCCUGUUUGGCAUCUCUUCACACAUCUGUCUUCCUGCAAGGGUCUUGCUACCACAGGGACCUCUUGUCCAGGCCAUUUCCUUGGGAUCUCCCUGCUCCAGUCUGCUGCAGGAGUCCUCCUGCUGCCCAGCCUGCCCACCAGGACUGCAACACGAGAAUUUUCAAUGUUUUCCCCUGCAUAAAGGUAUGAGCAACUCCACUCGAAUUGUUUACUGAAAAUAGUAAGAUGUUAAUGCAACUACUUGCAAAUGAAAAAUCCAGUUCCUUGAUGCUGAAGCUCCCAAGAGAAACAGUUUAGCGUUAGGUGUAGUAACAACUGCACACUUGGUUUGAGGAUAGGAAGCGUGGACAAUUUCUGCAUAUAUUUCUGAAAAAAUGGGUGAGUUGGCUUUACUGCCUGCUGGCCUCCAAGUGUUUGCUUCCUUUCUUGGCCCAUGUCAGUGACAUUCUGCAGAAAUGGUGACAGACAAUUCACAUCUGGGACUAGAGGUAACCUGGAGAGGCAGCAGAAGAAAAGAGCAGAGUGCUCGUGUCCAGGGCUGCUCGGCCAGGUGGGCUUUGCAAACCCUCCCUCUCCUGGCAUGCCUCACAAAGGGAAAAUAAACAGGUAGAUGUCAACACAAUGUGGCUGCAAGUGGUGGUUGCACAAACACAAGGGUGUAAACACACAAGAACAACCAAAGGUCUCCUCCUGCAGCUCCAUGUCUACCCUGGGUGGGAUGUGCUGCACCUUCGGCUGUGGUCCUGAAAGGCUCUGUCCUGGUGGACAAACAGCUGGUGGAAAAAACUUUACUGAAUCACUUUCUGUGAAGCAGGUGGCUCGCUGGUAGGGUCACAACAUGGAUCUUCCUUGUGCACAGGACAGGAGCCCAAAGCUGAGCACUAUGUGCCUUGGCUGAUGUGGGGGACAGCAGACAUGUGCUAUAGCUGUGGUGUUGUCUUCCAGAUCCCAGUUCCUUCUCUAGAUCCUUGACAGGUGUUUGCUGUUCUUUCCCUUUAAUCUGUCUCCUAUUGCAAGCUAGUCCCCAAAUGCAGAAUUGAGAAUUGCUUUGAUCCUGACAGAACAUGCUGAGUCAACCUAUUUUAACUGUAGAUUUGGUUUGCAAAUAAUAUCUCCUUUCUGAUGAGAUUCAGGUGUCAUCUCUGUGGACAUUGGCAGGAAUUUCCUUGACCAUGACAGCUUUUACAGAGGCUGGCAAUUAAGUUGUCAAGAUAAAUUUUCCUCUGCCAGGAAGCAUUAACUGAUGCUAGUCUUGGCUGGAAUGAGCCCUGAGAGGUGGAUAUUGUAAUCAAGAUGAACGAGGUCCUUGUCGCUGAGGCCUGCACUGACCUAAAGGUUUGGAGUCCUUGACAUUUGGUAGAACUGGGAUAAAAGACAGGGCAGGAGACAUUGGGGCUGAAUAUCAGGGAGCAAGGAUGAAAACAAGAUAUAUGACUAGAGAUCUGUCUAAUGUCAUUAGAGAUUAAUGCAGCUGGAAAUGCUUGGGGAGACUUCAGCUUUGCAGAUGCAAACUGCAAACUACUAAUAUUAGCAGAGCUCCUGGGUAUGAGAGCAAAGAGAAUUUUCCAUUAGGUAAUCCCCCAAAUCAUGUUGUUUUGGAUUUGCUUUUCAAGUGAGAAAGAUGUUGGAGAUGUCCUUCUCUUAGAAAAUAAAACUCAGAUGAUUCAACACGAGCUUGCUCUGUUUAAAUUAUGUCAAAAAUAGAUCUGCAAGUAAGGAUUUUGAUUACCAAGUACAGAAUUUGAAAGAUGAAAUGUUAGUGAGAAAUUUGGAGAACUUAGGAUCCCAAUUGGGAAGACUGGCAUUGAGAGCAAUCCAAAGAAUUGCCAGAAGUUUCCUUAAACGAUGGGCAAAAUAAGUGCUCAGGACCAAUCUAAGCUCUGUUGCCUUAAUAGUGGGCAAACCUUCAGGAGAAAUUUGAAGAAAACUAAAGAUAUCAAGUAUAAAGGGGUAACGCACAGAGUGAAUUUUCAGGAAGAAAACCAUGUGUGGGCAAAUAUCAAUCUUCGCCAAGUUGGCUGACUUCCUAGUUAAAGGAAGUACAGUACAUCUAGUCUAUGCAGGCAUCACAAGGGUUGGCCUGAUGCCAUAUGGGAUGGUGUCACUUGGGCUUGGCGAGGUGGGUCAGGAACUGGCCAUGAAGGGUGUGGUAGCAGAUGAACACUGGGUACCAUGGGAGUUAACAGUGAACAGCCAAAAAGAUGGAUUUUAGGACUAAACAAUAUUUUUGCUCUUUCCUGUAGUACAGAAAAAGUUGACAAGUGGAUCAGUGCACUGCUGAGAUUUUUUAAAAUGGGAGAAGAGCAGAAUUUCUCCCGCAGAGCACAGGGUGACCUUCUGGGCUGAAAUUACCUGGGCUCAAACUGGGAUGAAAUACAGCAGUGAAGAGUACAAAAUCAUGCUCUGAGGUUAAAUAACGAGGGGUUUGGCUAUCGGCUGGCAGCUCAGAUGACAAGUGUAGAGGAGGAGAAAGACCUAAUUACAGCGACCCAGUCGCAGGGUAGAUGUGAACCUGUGACGCGCCACAGCCGUGAGAGGGGCAGCCCAGGGUUGGGGCAGAUCCACCCAGGAGGAGAGGGGUCCUGGCAUGCUCCGCACUUCCCUCCAGCCACACAAAAGGCCCCUUCCUGGCAUACACACCCGUGUCAAUCAUUACCUAGAAAUCUAGAGCUGGGUAAAUUUAUU